AUUUCUAAAGCAAUUUGAAGAGCGACUAGAUGUCAUAUGAUUUUACAAAUAUUUAUGUUUUUUAUUUGAAAUGCUCUUAUACAGAUUUAAACAGUAAAUUCAGAAUGCUCAAUCAGCAACAGACAACAUGUGGAGAGUUAACUUAAGUGUGAAUAGUUGGUUGGUGAUUUAUUUUUGGUUCUGUGUACUGGUCUUCUGCAUUCCAAGUGAUGUGAGCUCUGAAAGUCUUUUAUUUCCAAAGAACUGCUCACUAUCAGACUGUGUUGAGUGUAAUAAAGGUUCAUUCUCAAAUAUAAGCAGUGAAGGAUGCUCAUGCUGUGAUUCCCCUGGGUUCUGCCUCCCAACAUUUUGUACUUCAUGUCCCGCAGGUACUUUCCAACCUGCAGCCAGACAGACACGUUGUGAGACAUGUAGUCCAGGCAAUUUCAGUGUUGAAGGGAGCAGUGAGUGUGAGAGAUGUCCAAUGGGUAGCUUUGCCAAUGCAACGGGGAGUUUGACUUGCACACCUUGUGAAGAGGGCACAUUCUGCAACAAAACUGGCUCCACAGGAUGUAAUGUAUGCAAGAAGUGUCACCCAGGCACAUAUAGUAACUCCACAAACACAACAAAUUGUGCCAGUUGUGAGCUUGGGACUUAUCAGAACACAAGUGGGGCUACAGAAUGCCUGGCAUGUAAUGCAGGAGAAUACUGCAAUAAGACAAUGUGCACUGAGUGCUCAACAUGCCCUGCUGGCUACUAUACAGAAAAUACAAAGUCUUGUAAGAUGUGCUCAGCUGGAACUCAUAAUCCCAUUCCAGGGAAUAAAAAAUGCUCAACAUGUGGUCCGGGGUUUGAAGCUCGAACUUUGGGCCAAGCUAGCUGCACUGGAUGCAGUGAAGGUUACUACAAGGGAGACAACACCACAGCCUUAUGCACUCCUUGUCAACCAGGGAGCCAUGGGAGUGUUAAAAACUCCACAAAUUGUGAAUCUUGCAGGCCAGGAUCAUAUCAAGAUAAAACCAGUCAGAAAGAGUGUCAACUCUGUCCACAGGGACUCACUUGCAAUAUGACAAGCUGUAAACAGUGCUCUCCGUGUCCAGCUGGAGAGCAAGCAAAGGGCACAGGAAAUGUCAACUGCACAGUAUGUGCUAUAGGUUAUUUUAAGGAAUCUAUAGGCACUGAACUAUGCAAAGUCUGUCGGUCAGGAUGGUACAAUAAACAAUACAAAAGUACAUCAUGCAAAGAAUGUCCCCGCAGAUACUUUUGUCCAUGUCCUCAAUGUGAUCCCCAGCCUUGUCCCCCAAGGGAUAUAUGUCCCGCGGGUAGUAGUAGGGCAAAAACAUGUGAUGCCCCAUGGUACAUUGCUCAAAGAGAUGACUGUGUGAUGUCAGAAGAAUUUAUUGCUCUCAUAGCAGGCUGUAGCGCAGUUGUAAUAAUUGCAUUGAUAGCAGGGUCUGUCUCCCUGUACUACAGCAGACGGUCACGUCAGUACCAAGGGAUACCCACAGAAGACAGUGCUCCCCUAGUUAGAACCAGGAGUGGACCGAUCUAUUCAGGAUUAUAAAUGUACUGUUUUGUGCGUUUUUGUGGGAAUAGCAAUGCAAUGCAUGCAUUCCUAUUUUAUACAUUUAGUCAAAACCAGGAAUUCACAGAUACAUUUAGGACAAUAAAUUCUGUGAAUAUUACUCAAGGAAUUCAAUACCAAUGCAACGCAUGUAUUCAUAUUAUACAAUUGGUCAAAAUCAGGACACAUAUCUUUAUAAACAUUGCAGAUGCACCAAUAUGUAUACAGUACAUUCCCUUUUCUACCCUGACAUAAGAUACUUUGAUAAUUUCACAAAUUAAUUAAUUCAAGAUAUUUUUAUUAUUUCUAUUUUGUAACAAUCCUUGUUUUUACAAAUGCCAUGAGAUGUUACCAAAGGAAGUAUAUUUAACGUACAAAUGUAU